CAAUCGCGUUUCGCAGCGCGUCGUUGGUUGGGCAAGCUAAACCACGUGUUGUUUUGGAAGCCGCAUGGAGCCGUGUGCGCGGCAGUGUCGGUAGUGUCCGUGCAGCUGGUUUUUAAUUCUAUGUUGUCGCAGAGCUAAGCUUUGAACUCGCCCACUUCUCGAAAACCGCUUGUUCUCAUCGUGAAAACAAGCCGCACCGUUGCAGAUUCAAGAUGUCAACCAUCGCAUCGAAAUGGCUUUGUCCCGACCUGCAAGGUUGUCGAGUGCUGCUUCGAAUGAACGAAGGUAAUAUCGAGGGCGUCGUUGCUGAUGUCUCUCAGAAGACGGCUCGAAUCACACUAGAACAGGUAACCGACGUUACUACAAAUCAGUCGCUUUUUGGACCGCUUCACUUCUACGCGCAGGAUAUUACAUCGUGCGUGGUGCUGGAGAACUCGACGCGCAAGAAAUACAUUCUGGAACGAGAUGAAGAUGGACCACGCUUGUUGAGAGUGCGCCCUGUACCUGCUCACCUGGAAAAACUGAAUUCAGCACAAAACAACAGCGAAUUCAUUUGCCAUCGUGAAGAGGCUGACACCUCGGAGGUCAUCAAGAAGGGCUUCAUAAAGCUCAUCGGUAUGCCAGAAGACCUACCAAAGCUACAACGACCAAUUGCAACUGAUUUUGAAGUCAUUGAUGAAGUGAAUGACCAGCUGAGUGAGGCGAUUGCAGCAAUAAAGAAGGCACAGGCUAUUUCUGUUGCAUUUGAAGGCGUGAAAGUUGGACGUCAUGGCUCUCUCUCUGUUUUGGCGGUUGCAACCUCAUCAAAAGUGUACAUAUUUGAUGUUCAGUCAUUGAAGAAGGCAUUGUUUGACCAUGGGUUGAAGGAAAUCUUGGAAUCUAGUGACAUUGAAAAGAUUGUGCAUGGUUGCAGGCAUCUGUCCGACUGCCUUCACCACCAGUACCAAGUUGGCCUCAACAAUGUGUUUGACACCAUGGUGGCUGACGUGGUCAUUUACCUUGACAAGAAGCUGGAAGAUGGCGACUGCCAUUUGCCAUCUUACGUGCGUGGAAUCCAGAACUGCCUCAGGAGUUUCCUCAACCUGAAAUACGAGCAGCUGAAGUACACACGCUCAAGGAAGGGUAGCCAGGAGGAUGAAGUAUGCGCUUGGGGGCAGCGGCCGCUGUCCCUGCGUCAAAUUGAUGCCCUGGCGAAGGACGUGGUGUACCUUGGAGAGCUCGCACGUGCUUGCCUCGAGCAGAUGCUGCAGAAAUUCCACCUGGGUGUGCGGUUUUUUCUUGGCCUAGAUCGAGACUGCAAUGAAGAGGAGCUGCGAUGCUUGCCACAGGAUCACAUUUUGCCCAUGGGCUUCAGAGAUGCUCUCAAGCUUGGUGCUAAUCGCUCGGCACCACAGAGGCACUCUAGCAACUAUGACAAGGACUGCUCCAAAGAAUAUGGACCUAAUGGCAGGAGAGAAAACAACAGAUUUCACCACCAGCAUGACAACCUUAGGCAUGGCCGUGGAUUUUCUUUAAUGAACCGGAUGCAUAACUGGAGGGAGCCGAGAGAUGCAUACCGCCGAGAAGAAUGCAAUCGGAAACAAGAUGACCAUGUUUAUGUCAAGGAGGACGAUUAUGUGGAGGACUCCUUGCUCAACAUAGGGAUGCGCCUACAAGCCAAAGACACAUCUAGGGAGCUGGCUGUUCCUGACCCUGACGCAACCCGCCAGAACAGUGAGAGUGAGUGCAGGGAACGGCGUGCUAGUGAUGAGACUGCUAAACCUGUGCAACAAGAGGUGCCUGUCACUUCGGGUCCUGAAGACCAUUGCCCCGUAGUCAACGGAACCAAGCAAGACACAAAGGCAGAUCAGGCUGCUACAGACAAGCCCCAUCCAAACAGCAGUCUCUCUCGCAGCCUUGAGCAUGCACAUGGUGUCAAGUCCACUGCACGUCAGUGCACUAUUGCAGAUAACACUGCAGAUGUUUCUCAAGAAACGCUACUGCAUCGCUGUAAUGGCAACAGGCCUCUCGAUAGCAGUCCUUCCCAUAGCCUGGAAUGCGACAUAAGUUAUUUUUCAGCUGAACGACCCAAUGGAAGUUGUGUGUUCCGAGCUUCACAGGGGACAUUAAUGGAGCAUUGUAGUGUCAGUGCACACAUAACUGAUGACUUGCGAGAUAAGCCAUUGAUCCGGAGCAGCAGCCAGUCUUUAUCACCUCUUCGUCCAGUACACUGUCCCAGUGUGCUUGCUGAAAGCAAGGAAGUUACAGGACAGGACCACAAUGCCAGCACCAUCAUGACAGCUGCCAACGUUAAAAAUGGAAUGCCAAAGUGCUCAAAUGCAUGGGGAAGCCGGCUGGUAAAUGACAAGGCAGAAAACACCUCUUUUCGGCCAGCAGACAUGCAGGUCUUGAAGGACUCGGCCUAAACUGAGACUAUCAUCUCAAUGCAUUGUUGCACAAUACAUUCUUCUCUUCCCCGUUGUCA